UUCUACUUUUGUCCCAAUUAAAUUAGAGAUUUUUGAGUUAGAAAGAUGGGCAUGGAGCUUCGUGUUCUAAUGGUCAUGGCUAUGGUGGUAGCCCUCACCUCGGUUGCUUCAGCAGCAUCUGGAACUGCCACUUACUACACCGCACCUUACGUUCCCUCGGCAUGCUAUGGCUACCAAGACAAUGGGAAUAUGAUUGCUGCAGCGAGUGAUGAACUUUGGAACAAUGGAGCAGCAUGUGGAACAUCCUACACUGUGACAUGCACAGGGGCUACAAACCAAGGGGUGCAACAACCUUGCUAUGGAACAACCGUGAAGAUUGUUGAUUAUUGUCCAUCCGGUUGCCAAGGAACCAUUGAUUUGUCUCAAGAAGCCUUUUCCACCAUUGCCGAUCUAAAUGCGGGCAAAGUCUACAUUGACUAUAAUCUGGUUUGAAGUUGUUGUGGAGAAGAUACAAUGAUCCUUUUGGGCCUGGGUUGUUUCAUUAGACUUGUCAGAUUCGGAGUUGUUAAUCUUUUCUCAUUUCUUCCCUAAUAUAUAUUUCAUUCACCCAAAAAAAAAAAAAA